CGUAGUCCAGUGUAUUCGCACGUGAGCACUACCCUUAACGGGUUGGCCAGUAUCAGGGCUUAUGGCGCUCAACAGGCAUUUCGUAACCAGUAUUACACCUACCAAAACGACCAUAGUGCCACCUGGUUUGUAUUGCUGGGCGCGUCGCGUACGCUGGGACUAAUUGCCGAUUGGUUGUGUGUCAUCUAUUUAGCCGUUGUGGCCGCCGUGAUAAUGUCAUUCCAUCAUGGCAUCUCUAGUGGUCACGCUGGCCUGGCAUUUGCAUCAGCCCUUAUGCUGACGGGUCAGACACAGUUCGGUGUGAGACAGUCGGCGGAGUUGGAGAGUCAGAUGACUUCAGUCGAGCGCAUCAUUGAGUACACGAAACUACCGCAAGAGGCGGACCUACUGUCCACUGACCAGAAUCGGCCCAAACCUGAGUGGCCACAGACCGGGGGUAUUGUCUUAGACCACAUGUCGCUCAUCUACGACAGCGCACCCGACAAACCGGUGCUCAAAGACAUCACGUGUGAGAUAAGGGGCGGCGAAAAGAUC